AUGCAGCUCCGCAAACAGAUGUGGGUAUCAAGAGUCAAUGUCCUCAAGGGUUUCCUAUUAGGAAGGUCAUACCUCCACCAGCCCCAAAGACCUAUCUGGAGCUGUGGUCAGUCCUACACCAAUUUUUCCAGCCUGAAGUAUCCCAAAGGAUGUCCUGAUGGGGAGAAGAGCUGGUCCAAGAAGUACCCAUCAUGUGGGGGUGUGCUGCAGUCCCCAAUAGACCUGCACAGUGACAUUCUCCAGUACGACGCCAGCCUCGUGCCCCUGGGGUUCCAAGGCUACAAUGUUUCUGCCAACGAGCAGUUUAUCCUGAUCAACGAUGGCCAUUCAGUGAGGCUGAACCUGACCCCGGACAUGCACCUCCAGGGCCUCGGGUCCCGCUACACGGCCACACAGCUGCACCUGCACUGGGGGAACCAGAAUGACCCGCACGGCUCCGAGCACACUGUCGGAGGGAAGCACUUUGCCGCCGAGCUGCAUAUCGUCCACUAUAACUCGGACCUGUACCCCAACAGCAGCACUGCCAGUAACAAGUCAGAGGGCCUCGCUGUCCUAGCUGUUCUCAUGGAGAUGGGCUCCUUCAAUCCAUAUUAUGACAAGAUCUUCAGGCACCUUCAAGAUGUAAGAUACAAAGGCCAAGAAGUGCUCAUUCCAGGUUUCAGCAUUGAAGAGCUGCUUCCUGAGAGACCUGAUGAGUACUAUCGCUACAAAGGGUCCCUGACCACACCUCCUUGCCACCCCACCGUGCUCUGGACGGUUUUCCGGAACCCUGUGCAAAUUUCCCAGGAGCAGCUGCUGGCUUUGGAGACUGCUCUGUACUACACAUACGUGGAUGACCCAUCCCCCAGAGAAAUGGUCAACAACUUCCGGCAGGUCCAGGAGUUUGAGGAGAGGCAGGUGUACAUCUCUUUCCGGCAAGGGACAGUGUUUGAGGACAGUUACAGAGGAUCAGAAGAAACCAUGCAGGAACUUGAGUCUGACAUCCAAAAGUAACCUCCACUUGUAACAGUGGACUGUGGCAUUGGGAAUAAUUAGCCAUCUUCUUAGACUGGCUCAGCUCUAAGUUGGCACUCAUGGAAUGGGCAGUGUAGUUGGGCCUGCAGCAGAGCACU